AUUUCCUAAUAAUCAUGUUGAAUUCAGUAAAAUUGCAAGAAAAUUAAAAAGAAAAGCUGCAGUUAUCGAUUCUUCAGAAAAGUUUAUUAAUAUUUUUGUGGGAUAUCUUAGCUUAACUCAUAAUAGUAGAAUAUUUUAUAAUUCACUAUUAUAUCAUAAAUUUAGUUCUUUUAGUUUUUCAGUUAUUCUUACAAAUGCAUAUAUUUUAGACAAUGCAGAUGUAGAACAAGCAUUUAGAAGAUUAAAAUCAAGAUUUAUGUGUUUAAUUAACCCUUUAACAAUAUCAAUAGAAAUAGCCAUUCUUAUUGUAAUAAUAACUUGUAUUCUUCAUAAUAUUUGUGAAGAAAGACAAGAAGAUAUUGUAACUUAUUUAACUAAUUCUAUUAGAGAUAAUUUAGCAAAUUAUCUAUGGAAUAAAAAAAUUCAAAGAGAUGUUAGAAGAAAUAGAUACAAUUUUAUUGGUGAAGGAGAUGAAGAAGAUAGCGAAACAUCCAAAUAA